UUUAUUUGUCUUCUUUUUACAGGGAGAGACAGAUAUGGCAAUCCAAGAUAGAGUAGCAUUUGCGUGUAAUUACUUAAGUGAUGCCAGGCUAAUGGAGUACUUAGAAAGGCUAAAGAUGAGACUUACAGAGGCUGGAAACCUUGACGGUAUUUUGCUCACAGGUCUCUGUCCUGAGGGAAUCGAUUUGCUUCAGCGAUACGUAGAUCUUACUGGUGACGUGCAAACUGUUGCAUUAGUUACAAUACAUACACUUCAGCAUGCUGUCAAUAAAGAUUCUCGAUUGAGCCACUGGGUACAGAGCUACCGAAAUCUUUUAGAUAGCCUGCGACUGUGGAAUGAGAGAGCCCAGUUAGAUGUUAUAAUGAAUCAUAACAAAUAUGCAGAGCGGCCACCACAGCACAUUUACAUCUCAUGCUACUUCUGCAACAAAAGCAUUUCGGCUUAUAUUCAGGCUCCUGGUAGACCUAGAAAUCCUUAUGCAAGAUAUGGGACAGGUUCAGCUACAAAGUCUAAGAUGCAGGCUUGUCCAAACUGCAAGAAGCCCCUCCCUCGCUGCUCCCUGUGUCUGGUGCACAUGGGAACUCCCUCCGGCUGGGGAAGCUCUACUUCCAAAAACCUGGCUGUAGAAGAAGGUGCUGAUGGCCAGUCCAAUGUUCCAAAUAACGAUGGUGCUGCAUCCAAGAGGAAACUUAGCAACUUCACUUCAUGGUUCACUUGGUGCCAGACUUGUAGACAUGGUGGACAUGCCCAUCACCUCAUGGAGUGGUUCAAGGAACACACCGAGUGCCCUGUAACAUCAUGUACUUGUAAGUGUAUGUCACUGGACACUGUUAGUAAAGUGCCAUCCUCAUCAGCUGCAGUGACUGUGAAGUGAUAUUCUUCAGCACAACCCACAAGCAUUAAAACUGGUACUUUUUAGUUUAUCUUUAGUGGAAUAGCAUUAUAUAAUGAGAUAAACAUAUAUAUUUAUAUUUUUGGUGAUAAAGAACUAUGAGUUGAUAUUCAAUAUUUGACACUUAUUGAUAACAGUUUUGAAAGAAGAGCCAGUGGUUAAAAAAAAAGUUGAGGUUGUGAGUAUACUGGAACAAUGCCAAGGAAUUGCCAAUAACCUUUUGUUUGACACAUUUCCUUUUAUAUUCAAAGCUCAAUGUAGAUAAGAAGUUUUCUCCUUGGGUUCCAGGAACUUUUCCUUAGUACCUAACAGUUUCUUUUGCUUUUGUCACCUAAGUUCAUAUGUGUAGAUGUUCACUAUCACAACUAUCAUUGUUUUGCAUAAACCGAUAAUAUAGUUCACACUUUGCCUCAAUGCUCAGAUUUUAUAUGUUUUCAGAGAUUGUACUUCAAAUGCCUCCCAUAUGUUUCUAGAAAUAUUUAAAGUAAAGCCUACUUGUAAAUACUAUGAAUGUAGUUUUCAACAAUGUGAUAUCAAGUGUAGAAACCUUAAUUGUAAAACAAGAAAUUAUAUGGAAUUAAUUAAAAUAUUGUACAUGUACCUUUUGAGAAGCUUUACCAGACAAUCUUCCUAUACUUUUCAAUUUGGCUCAUUUGGUAACUUUUAUGUAAAUGAAUUACUUCUGGAUGUAUAUGUAAAAAUUAAAUAAGAAUUGAUAAUUUCUCUUUAA